ACCAUUUGCGAACUCACCUAUUCCCCAGCUGCUCCGUGAACUAAUCAGUGUUUAGGCAAAAUCAUUUGACAGACAGUGAGAGAAAGAGAGAGAGAAAAGAUGACGCUGGGUCUGAUCAAUGCGAACCCCGUGGUUCACGCUAAGAAAGAAAGAGUCGCUCGCACCGAAGAUCCUCACGGCGACGACGCCGUUGAUCCACUAGAAAUCUAUGAUUUCGUGAGGGAUAUUAGAGAUCCGGAGCAUCCUUACUCCUUGGAACAGCUCAGUGUUCUUUCUGAGGAAUCAAUCACCGUUGAUGAAAAGCUUGGUCGUAUUCUGAUAACUUUCACGCCAACCAUCCAGCACUGCAGUAUGGCAACGGUAAUUGGUCUGUGCCUGAGAGUGAAAUUAAAACAUUGUUUUCCUCCUCAUUAUAAGGUUGACAUCAAAGUAUCUCCCGGAUCUCAUGCAAAUGAAGAAUCAGUUAAUAAGCAGUUAAAUGAUAAGGAAAGAGUUGCUGCUGCGUUGGAGAAUCCCAACCUUCGCCAACUUGUGGAUGAGUGUCUCUACUCAAGUGAACUUUGAGCAAGUAUAGUUUCCUGCUCAAUAGCCACUGUACAGGGAAAACAUCACUAGUUAUCAAGUAAUAAGAACCUGCUUUUUGUGUUAUGAAUUUUAUCUACUGGAUGCUAUAAUUCUCCUUGUGGAUGUCCUUGCUAUUGUUGGUUGUCAUAAUGCACAAUGCACUUGUAAGAGUUGUACGUUUUUAAAUCGUCAGGCCAUCUUCAUUACCAAUACAGUGUAACUUCAAAUUGCUCAUUGUAUCA